UGUACCCACAGCGGGACCUGAGCCACCUUGGGUAUCCCAAAGGAAUAUCCACAAAUUGCAAGGCCUUGCAAAGCACUGAGCUGGAUCCUCACAGAGUCCGGGGGGGUGGCCUGGGGGUGCUGCUCCCCCUCAACCUAGCUUUGAAGCCAACACAAGCACAAAGAGCUGCGAGGAGGCAGAUUCCAGCUUUGAUCCCUUUCAGGGCAUCCCUCUUUUCCCCCAGCUGCCGGGUGUGGAAACUUGACCCUGCGCCGCUUUCAUCCCGGCGUGGGUGGGAAAAGGGCCCUGGGAAUUGGUCCGAGAUGGGUCUGGGGGCCCCCCGUGCCCUGGCCCCAGCAGCCGGCACAGGGGUCUUAGCAUGGCUCCAGCAGGGAAUCCCCUGUUACAAACACACGCAGGUGCUCUCCCCACCGCUGCUGUCCCGCAGGCACCGACCCCACCGGGGCUUGGGGUGGCAGAGGGGGGAUCAGGCAGCCCCUGCCUGCCCCGGCACUUAAAGCCUUCCCCAGCCUGCCCGGAUCAGACAGCGCGGAGCAGCCGGAGGGACGCAGCCGCUCCAGCCCAGCGCCGUGGGAUCCCGGGAUGAACGGCUCGGCGCUGGAGCCGCUGCCAGCAGGGCACCCCGACCACUGCGUGCCCAGGGACCCAGUGCAGUUCGUGCUGGUGCCCGCCGUCUACUGCCUGGUGCUGUGCGUGGGGCUGCCGGGCAACCUGGUGGCUUUGGUGGUGUUCCUGCAGAGCGGCAAGGUGAGGAAGGCCAUCCGCAUCUACCUCAUCAACCUCACGCUGGCCGACAUCCUCUUCAACCUCACGCUGCCCCUCUGGAUCCCCUAUUACCUGGCGGGGGGCAACUGGCUGCUCUCGGAGGCCGCGUGCCGCCUGGCCGGUGCCGCCUAUUACCUGGCGACCUACAGCGCCAUCACCUUCAUGGCGCUCAUCAGCUUCAACCGGUACAGCGCGGUGCGGGCGGCGCGGCGCGAGCUGCCGCUGACGGGGCCCCGCGGUGCCGCCGUGGCCUCUGCCUUGGCCUGGCUGCUGGGGCUGGGCUGUGCCGUGCCCACCCUGGCCACGCACCAGACCUUCCGCACCCGCACCGGAGCCACGGCCUGCUUCGAGCAGCACGGCCGGCAGCGGGCGUACGCCUACGCCAUGGUGGGCUUCUUCGGCAUCGCCUUCCUGGUGCUGCUGGGCACCUACGCCUCCAUCGCCCGCGCGCUCUCGGUGCCCGCCGCAGCCUCGCCGGGCUCGCACCGGCAGCAGGCGCGUGCCAUGGUGCUGGGGAUGCUGCUGGUCUUCGUGGUGUGCGUGGCUCCCUACCACCUCACGCUGGCGCCCUGGGUGGGCACCCGGCCCCCGGUGCCGCUCUGCGGGACCCCCGGCACCCUGGAUGUGCUGCACACGCUGAGCGUGGCCCUGCUGAGCCUCAACAGCUGCCUCGACCCCCUCGUCUACUGCUUCUCCAUCCGGCACUUCCGCGCCGACCUGGGGCGGACCCUGCGCAAGAUGGGACGGUGCCUCCCGCCCCCCCCAUCGGCCCCCCCUGUGCCCAGCGCCCGCGCGUCCUCCUUCGCCUCCUCAUAGCGGGGUGGGCACCGGGGUCCUGCCCCCCGCCUGCCCCGCUGCCACAGUCCUGUCGGGAUGGGGUCCCUGGUGCCAGGGUAAGGAUGGGGAGCAGCGUGGGGGGAGCUCUGGCUUUGUGCACCCCUCCUACUCCUCCCACCCCGCUCUGCUCGCUGCGCAUCCUGUGCUCACGGGCCCACGGCUUCUGUUCACGUGUGGAUCCUGCCCCCGGCAUUUCCAGGCACUGGAAGAGCUGCUCAGCCGGUGAGGGGGGCAGAGCCAUGGUGGGAUGUGGUGAGACAGGAUGGGGAAGGAUGCCUGGGCUUCCUGUCCCCUCCCAGGGGUCUCCAUCCCUCAGGGACAUGUGUGAUCACAGACAGCCAUGGCAUGAGCCGGGCUGCCUGGGAAGGGGCUGUUUGGGCUCCUGUGCCUGAUCCCGUUCUCCAGCAUUCCCGAGCCUGACACCCUCAUCCCUCCUGCUCUCAGCUAGGAUUAAACACAAAUGAGC